ACACCCUAACAAGUGUCAACAACCUGGCCAUUGUGCUGAAAUCCCAAGGAAAGUACGAUGAAUCGGAGGUAAUGAAUCGGCGUGCACUAGAGGGGUCUGAGAGGAUUCUUGGACACGACCACCCGGACACCCUAACAAGUGUUGGCAACCUAGCUUGUGUGCUUCAAGGCCAAGGGAAGUACAAGGAAUCAGAGACGAUGCACCGGCGUGCACUAGAGGGGCACAGGAAGACCCUUGGACCAGACCAUCCCCACACC